GAAUCAGAGCAAUCAAUUGCUCAGCAUGCCCUCAGACGACACUUGGUCGACGCCGUCAAACGACGCGCUCGUGUUGUCGCUGGUAUCCCCCACCCCGACCGGUCUCAAGACUGUCGGCCACAGUUUCCACCCCAGAUUCACGUACCCCAUCUUUGGCGACAGCGAGGAGAUCUUCGGCUACCAAAAGCUCGAAAUCAACCUUCAGUACCAUGCGAGCGACAUGCGACCAAAUCUCUCCGUCACCUACGGCAAGAAGUUUCCCGCCGUAGGCGACACAGAGGCAACCGACGUCGAAGCCAUCCUGCGCGAGUUCCUUCCAGAGGUCGCGUUCCAGAGCAAACAGGACUUCGAGACGGCGGUCAAGAAUCUCCCGCAAGACUGGAGCCCCCCGGGCGAGUUGACCGCGACGUUCAGCGCGCAUGACCAGACCUUCGAAGUUUGGAAAGGGAGUCUGGCCGACCCAGCGGUCAAGCAGCUGGUCAAGCGCAUCCAGAUACUUGUCCCGCUUUUCAUCGAGGGCGGCACACAGCUCAACGUGGAUGAUUCCGACGCCAACCGCUGGACUGUCUUUUUUCUGUACCGGAAAACAGCGACCGCCGGGGAUGCCGGCCCCUCGCCGUACGUCUUCGCCGGGUACUGCACGGUCUACCGCUUCUUCCACUUGCGACUGCCAACGCCGCCUCUCUCGCCUUCCGAGGCCGACCUGGAGAAGCAGCUGCUCAGCCAAGAUUUCGAUCUUGACCAACUCGCCUGCCGCAGCAGAAUCUCCCAGUUCAUCAUCAUCCCACCCUUUCAAGGAAAGGGCCUCGGGCCCAGGCUUUACAGCAUCAUCUUCAACGAGUACAUCAAGCACCCGCAGACGGUCGAGAUAACCGUCGAGGACCCGAACGAAGCGUUCGACGACCUGCGCGACGUCGCAGACCUGCAGUAUCUGCGACGGCUUCCCGAGUUUCAAGAGCUGCGCAUCAACACGGACAUCGUGAUUCCCAAGGCGGGCAUGGCGCCCAACAACAUUGUCGACAAGGCGGCGUCCGAGGCGGUGCGCGCCAAAGCUAAGAUGGUCCCCCGCCAAUUCGCGCGGGUCCUCGAGAUGAACCUCCUUUCGCGGCUUCCCGAGCACGUCCGGGCUAGCGCGGCAAAGGAGGAGGGAGGCCCGCAACCGACCAAGGAAGAACAGCAUGAGUACCGGCUCUGGAGGCUGCUGCUGAAGAAGAGGAUAUACCAGCAGAAUAAGGAUGCCCUGGGCGAGCUCGAGAUCCCAGAACGCAUUGCCAAACUCGAGGACACGGUCACCAGUGUCGAGUUCGACUAUGCCCGACUUCUGAUCAAGGCUGAAGAUCAGCAGGAGAACGGGUCUGCGCAGCGGCAAGAGAGUGGGGCGGAGAAGCAAGAAGCGGCCAGGGCUGCCGCGAAUGGCACGGCCAACGGGAAGCGCAAGGCGGCUGAGGAUGGCGAGCAAUCGGCCAGCAAGAAGGCGAGAGUCGAGGACGAAUAAAGGGUGCCUGCCGUACCUGGAUCCGUCCGUCGACCUGGCUUUUCUGUCACUGCUCAUCCGAGCAUGGCAGCAUGUACUUGUUUUGUUUCCGAGUCUUGUACACUGUCUAUGGCGUUUGACGAUGGCAUUUCGGGGUCACGAUCACAGGGGAAGGCGAGAUUGGCGCC